AUGACAACAUCUCACACUUACACUCAGACUACAGCACUGAAAACAGGAACCUACUGGCGCCAUGGUAGACCAGCUAAUGUUUGCUCAGGAAAACUGGGAGCGGAUCCAUGCUGUUGAGCACUCAUUUAGACCACUGGGGAAGCCCCUGUCCCAGCCGGGCCGGGUUCUGAUCGGAGAGGGCAGGUUGAUGAAGCAGUGCCGCCGUGGGCCAAAGCAAAAAGUCUUCUUCCUCUUUAACGACGUGCUUGUGUACGGCAGCAUCAUCCUGAGAGGCUUCUGGCACAAGAACCAGCAGAUCAUCCAUCUAGAGGACAUCCAGCUGGAGGACCUGGAGGAUGAUGUGAGAGUGAGGAACCAGUGGUUGAUCCACACACCACACAAGUCCUUCCACGUGGCAGCUGCCUCCUACGAGGAGAAGCAAGCUUGGAUAGAGCACAUAGAGGAAUGCCAGUCCAAACUGCUGCAGAACGGCGGCCACAGAUCUAAGUCCACCUUCCCCGUCACCUGGAUCCCUAGCCAGGCCUCAGCAGUCUGCAUGCGCUGCUCUGAUAAGUUCACCAUGACCCAGCAUCGACACCACUGCAGAAAAUGCGGCUUCGUGGUUUGUAGUGUGUGCUCCAAGAAGCGAGCGAUGAUCAGACACAUCCACCCGACCAAGCGGCUGAGGGUGUGCUGCCUGUUUCACAUGAGUCUUCUGAGAACAGAGGCAGACAUCCAAGAAAAAAUUAAUCUGAGGGAGAGCAGCACUGUGAAAGAAGGCUCAGAGGAAUAUGAAGUGGAAGUGUCCAGUGAAGAAGAGGAGGCAGAGGAGCAGAUGGAGGACCAUGACCCCAGCAGUUGGAGGUACUCCUGGAUCCCCUAUGUCUACCUCAAAAGUGAGGACAUGAGAUCAUGAUUCACUCAGGCCUUUUUCUGUACCUAGACUCUGUAUCAGGGUAUGUUCUAACUCAGACUCAGAAACAGAAGACAAUAAUGUGAAAAACUAUAAAAUACUGUAUUUAUGUAUGUGAAACAUUGCUCUGUUCUCAUUAUGCUGCUGUGUGAUCAUCACUUUAUGUUUUCUGAUUAUUUUAUUUCUUAUUGUAUUAAUUUAUUAUUUAUUAUAAUUUAUCAGUGGAACACAUGGGCCUCAGUCUGCCUGACUACAUUUUUGUGUACAUGUCAGUGUUUGUGUAUUUAAUAUCUGUCUUUGAAAUGAAUGAUGGACAAUAAAGUUUUUCUUGCGAACUAGAUAAAAGUUAUGUCUGUUACUACGUCAGAAGGUUACAUUAUAGAUCUGGUCUGUC